GCUCGAUGAAAUGUCAGAGAAUUUUCUUAGGAAUUGUUUGAAUCUUCCUUUUUAAGUCUACAACAGGUGGCUUUUUCCGCUGAGGUAAUUGUACAAAAUUGAAGAGGACCCAUUUGAAGGUUGAAGUUGACUGGAUGAUCAAAAGGGGAAAUGAUGAGUAACAUGAAAGUUUCAGCAAUGGAGAUUAGAGAAAACAAGCUGGUACUUCAAGGGGACCUUCUAACAUUAAAACAGCAAGGUUAUGAUUUAGUCUUAAUCCAUUUGGUUCCAGAAAAAGGUAGAGCUGCCUGUAUAAACAUAACCAGUCGAACUUCACAAAAAGGUUGGAUUCGAGGGUUUUUGAAGAAGCUGAGAAAGUACUGUGCAGCGAUGGAAGUAAUUAUGGGAACAGACCCAGAAAAUGAUCUCUGGAACUUGAUUUCAUAUGCCUGCUAUCAUGGAAAUCAGUUACCGACAACUGCUUCUCUUCUAGCUGUCUACAAGGGAAAGGAUGACAUCUUCAAAAGGCCUCGAGUUUACAAUUUAAGAGGUUUUGGGUUAAAUUCAAGAUCAGAGUCUUUUGUCGGUGAGAACAUAGCUAGGCUGAAAGAUGCAGAGGUUGAAGAAGCAGAAUUCCCCGUGGAUAAGACCGCCAAAGGUGAAACAAGAGAUGGUAAUGAAUGUCUCGAAGAUGUAAGUUCUUAUAGCUCUAACCAUGAUAAGAAGGCAACUUUCUCGCGCUCUAUAUCUGUAAUCCGAAGGGAGUUGCAAGAAACAAAUCUUGGAUGGCCAUUGCUUAGAAGAAAAACUCGUACAAGUGAGGAGGAAACAUCUGAAAUUAGAAGUACGUCAGUGGUUGAAUGUGUGAUGAACUUGCCUGGUAAAUUUGCCCCAGAAACCAGAACUGCUUUCGAAGUUGAUGUUAAUGGUUUUCCUGUUAAGCAUUGCAAUACUGGAGGACCAAAUCUUCAAGCUAUUGAUGAAUAUGAAGAGGAAUUGAAUGCUUCUAGUAGAUAUUUGAAAGAUGUAAACUGUGAUCUCGAUUGUGGAGACAAAAUGGAACUUUCCUCUACUACAGUAUUACCAGGCUGGCCCCUUCUUUUCUUUACAGGUUCCAAGACUUUAGAUUCAUUCUUGGAAGAUGAAGCUAUGAGAAUUCCUGCAAAGGGAAAACUGCAAAGACAUUUGGAGCUUUUCUCUAAAUUAAGCUCAUCAGGUUGCAAGCUAUUCAGCUCUGAGGAGCUGAGGAGAGCAACUUCUGAAUUUUCUUCAGAUAAUUUGAUUGGAGAGGGAGGGUGUAGCAAUGUAUAUAAAGGGUGUCUCCCAAGUGGCAAACUGGUGGCAGUUAAAAUUCUGAAGUCAUACAUGGAAGCAAUGUGUGAUUUCUCCUUGGAGGUCGAUAUUCUUUUGUCAUUGAAGCACAAAAACGUUACAACUUUGCUAGGUGUUUGUAUUGAAGACGACCAACUUAUCUCAGUCUAUGAGUUCUUUCCCAAAGGGAGUUUGGAGGAGAAUCUUCAUGGCAAUGGUGAAAAUUCAGUUUUGCCAUGGGGGGUUAGGUUUAAUGUGGCCAUCACAAUUGCUGAGGCUCUGAAUUACUUGCACAAUGAAAGUCCCCAGCCUGUCAUUCACAGAGAUGUGAAAUCUUCUAACAUUCUUCUCUCUGAUGAUUAUCAGCCACAGUUAUCUGAUUUCGGGCUAGCCGUAUGGAUGCCAAAGGAUUCAUCUUACUUGAUUGACAGCAGUGUCCUGGGGACAUUUGGGUACAUAGCUCCUGAGUAUUUGAUGCAAGGAAGGGUUAGUGACAAACUUGAUAUGUUCUCUUUUGGGAUUGUGCUUUUGGAACUGAUAUCGGGGAAGAGACCAGUUAGUAUAAUCCAAUGGGCAAAACCAUUGAUAGAGAGAGGGAAUCUCAAAGAACUACUGGACGCGAAGUUAGAUGGGGACUUGGACAUUGUUCAGAUGCAUAGAAUGUUACUAGCAGCCUCCUUCUGCAUCAGUCAGUCACCUCAACAUCGUCCAAAAGCAAGUCAGGUGCUAGAACUAUUAAGAGGAGAGAAGGAAACGAGGGAAUGGUAUUCUGCUUAUGUUACUGAUCUACAGGAGUCUGGAGAUCACGAGGAUCAUCUUCACAAUUGCAGUCAUCAACUGCCUCCGGUUCCUCUGGUUUUUUCAUCUGAAAAUGUGAAACAAACGGUGACAUUGCCCUGUGGAAUCCCUACCACCUCUACAACCGAUGCCAAGCUCAACCAACGCUUCAAAUUUGGAGACUACUUGAAAGAACAGCUAGUUUGACGAUAAGGAUUGUUUUUGUGCAUGGUUCCCAGCUAUUCAUUCUUUCAUUUUACCAUUGCCCAUUUGGCUAUCAAUUAUUUUGUUCCGAUACAUUUUUCAAAUGUCUGGUGCACAUCGUAAUGACAAUUAACCUUUGUACCUUGUCCAAUUGGAGCUUUCACCCCAACAUUCAUUGCAAAGAAAAAAAUCAACCUUAAAAAAGGCAGACAUCAAACAAGAAAAGAUACACUGGUAAUUGCAAGCCUUGUAGAAGAUUAAAAACUUAUCUUUUCAUUUCAAGGAUAGUAAAAACUCAAUUAUCUGUACAUAUUCAACAAGAGCAAAGUCACAAAAAAUUUUACUCUGCCCUCAAGCUUUUCAAUUACCACUACCAGCUAAAUGAAUCAAAAUGGAACAGUGAAGGGCAAUGCAUAUAUCUGAGCCUCAGGAAGAUAAUUGGCAUGUGACCACAAGCUACUGCUUCCUUGGCAGGAGAAAUCAUGGACAGUUUCAUAUCUUGUAGCAGGUCGUUCUUGGGCCUUUGUCCCAAAUAGCCAUUCUUGACCAUCAUCAUCUAGCUCUUGUUGAGGAAGUGGCGGAACCCAAUCCUCAAUCAAGUCCUUGUACUUCAAUGCUGCUCUUUGCAGCUUACCAUCAAACAAGGUUAUAGACGAUGUUCCAGUGCCAUUUGAUUUCCUACCAGCAUCUUGAGGGUGUGGUCGAUCCUGACCAGGCAAAGGACCCAACUCUCUUACAUUGUUAAUUGGUUUUGCAAGGUGUGUCUGCUGGGCAAGGGAACUCCUGGAAGGUGCGAGUUCCUUGCUGGUUGAUGCCUCAGACUGCUGUGAAUUUUUGAAGGUAAAACGAAUUCGUCUUAUAACAGGCCCUGUCCAACAUAAAAAAUGCUAUUAAGAUCGAACCAAGAGGAAAAUACAAGCCUAGGCCAAGAUUGCUUAAUCAAAUAGGUAGACAAAU